AUGGCGCAAAUAUUUGAAAGAGAGGACAAGCCUAACGGAGCAAUUCAAUUCAUCUUGAAAGAGAGCAAAACUUACCAGAAGGGGCAAUAUGCCAUUCAAAUGAGUUACUACAGAGGAAAGGUUUAUUACCACUUUCAAGACAACAAUAAUGGAAAGCAGAUGAGUCUGCCGGAUGACCUGUUCGACACCCUUUACGAGCAGUAUUUUGCAAUGAAGGUUGCUGUCGACGAAGUGCGGAAACAGAAUAUGGGGCCGCCAAGUCCACAACUCCUUGUGGUGGCAUCAAGAAAGAAACGUAGGGUGGUGGAUCUCGAGGGAGAUGAUGAUUUCUAACUCGAACUCCAAGAAGAAAAAAAAUAAACAAACGAGGACACUAUAGAUAAUUAAUAUAUUCAUGUAGUUUGUAACAAUGAA